UUUUGUGCUAGGGCAUCAUCCUUUCCUUCUUCCAUUGUUCAAGUCGCCGAUUUUGUUUCUGUUGUUUUGUAAAGCCAACCAUUCUCAUCUCUUUGCCUUCCUCCACCUUCGAUGAGAUGGAUGAGGCUGUGGGGAUCGCUCGCAAUCACUCUCAGUUAAAAUUUCUUCCUUCAGCUUCCAAAGAUUCUCUCAAAGAUGUCUUCCUCUGCUCCCGCCGUUGUUGCCCCAACAUCGUUCGACGAUCUCCGCUUGGGUCGAUCUGCUCAGUUCGUCGUGGCUCGCCUCCUGCGUUUUUGGGACUCCAGAAACAUUAAGAAGCAAGGUGAAUUCAUGGGAAUCACCUUGCUUUUUCUUGAUGAGCAGAAUUCGGUGAUCCAUGGGUUUAAUCCUGCCGCUCGCUGCGGUCACUACCGUCCAGGUUUACGAAGUGGUUCCGUCGUCAAAGUUUCACACUUUGAGGUUGCUAGAUGCACUAAGAUGUACAAGAUCACAGACAAUCCAUUCGUGAUCCGGUUCCUCCCACAAACAACCAUUGAUGAAGUCUUGGUCAAUGCUCCCAUUAUCAACCUGCAGAAAUUCAUGCUCUUGAAGUUUGAGCAUCUUCAAGCACUUGCUAACACGAACUUGGAACUCCCAGAUGUUGUAGGAAUGAUUCGUUUCGUCCAAGGUUCCGAUCUUUCGGACGCUACAGUGAUGACUCGAGUUGUUGUCCGCUUCGUCAUCGAACCUAAUGUUGUGGUGUAUCUGUCCUUAUGGGAUGAAGCUGCGGCAACCUUUCGGGGACUCAUCAGCUCAGGCAAAAGAGCACAGUCUGUUAUGGUGGUCACAACUGUGAAUCCAAAAAUCUUUGGAGGAAAUUUGUACCUCAACUCCACCCCAGCCACGAAAUUUUAUUCCGACAUGAAUCUUCCAGCCAUCGCCCAGUUCACAGCUAGCUUAGGAGGACCAGUUGGUGAAGCUUUUCCUUGCAUCGAUACCAAGGAAGCGAUCAAGAAAAAGGAACAUGUCUCCAUUGGAGAUCUCAACAAAUUCAUCUCCAACUCUGAUGAGCAGACCCAAGAAGCAGAGUUCAUCUGCAAGGCUCGAGUGCUUGAGGUUCUCCAACAGAAUGGGUGGUCUUUUGUUUCAUGCACUGGCUGCAGCAGAAAGUUAUAUCAAUCAGGCAAUUCCCUACGUUGCAACCAUUGUGUUAAUGCCAACGUCACCGGUGUUAUAAAGUAUCGUGUUGAAUUGUCUGUUGAUGAUGGGAAUGACAAUGCCACUUUUGUGGUUUUCGACAGAGAGAUGCUUAAUCUCAUAAAGAAAGAUGCUGCAACUCUAACUGUCGAAGAGAUGAAUGGUGGUGGGGGCGAGCAGCUCCAACAGUGUCUAGAAGAACUUGGUGGAAAAGAAUUUGUGUUCCAGAUACGUGUUACCCCGUUCAAUUUCACCCCAAACCACCGCACUUUCACUGUUUGUGGAAUAAGUGACCACAUCGAACCUGAGACUUUCAACACCAAAGAGGCUUCAAUUGUUGGUGGAGAGAGUGGCGAAACAUCUGCUUCCGCUGGUACCUUGGUUGAAGGUGAAGCGUAUGAUCCAAAUCCAACCGGUGGUCAGUUGAAGGAUGGUAACCGCAAACGUCCCCGUGAGUGAAGCUACUAAGCUGUGAUCCGUCAACCCAACUCUGCUCCCGUUUUUUUAAUUAUCAGUACCUUUAAUUACUAUGCAUUUGUUUUUUUGGACUUUCCAGUAUUUUCCAGUUUUGGAAUAUGUUUCCGUCUACGUACCUCUUAUGAGGAAAGACUUUUUAAUUUAAUAUCUACGAUGGGUUGACGUUAUAUUAAGUUUGAUUGUAAGAAAAUGCAGAAAAUGUUGUUUUGCA